AUGGGUGCUCGUCACGGUGGGGAGCGGAACUCUAGGCCUGCAUAUUCCGAGGAUCGCCAGCAGAGGAACGAACGGUUUGGUGGCGAGACCCGCUCUGGAAAAUCGGAUGGGGGAAAUCUCUGGCAUGAGCCUGCCGAGGAAGUGGAAGCCCCCACACCGUCACGAUACACCACUGGUCAGGCCCGCGAGAAACCCCAGGAUGCGUCCUACACCAAGAAGCAAGCUGCCAAGGCGAAAGACCGAGGCCGCAACCGCCGUUUCGAUGACACUGAGUCUGCCAUCCUCGAUGAGGCCGAAUUGUCAGGCAAAGAAGCGAAGAAGGCGAAGAAAGCGAAGCGGAAGGAGGCACGGAAGGAGUUAAUCCCCAUCUUCUUGCCGCAGUUUAUUAGCAUCGAGACCCUGGCGGCCAUGCUCAAUAUCCGUGUUGAGAGGUUUACGCAGCAGCUGCAGGAUAUGGGGUUCACUGAGACGAGCUAUGGCCACGUUUUGGGUGCCGAAGAAGCUGGAUUGAUCUGUGGAGAAUACGGAUACGAUCCUGUAAUUGACAGAGGCAACGAUCUUGACCUCAAGCCUAGGCCUCCGCCCGAGGACAAAACAUCAUUGCCUACUCGCCCGCCGGUAGUUACAAUCAUGGGCCACGUCGACCACGGCAAAACCACUCUCCUCGACUGGCUCCGCAAGUCCGCUAUUGUGGACUCGGAGCACGGAGGAAUCACGCAACACAUCGGAGCCUUCUCCGUCACCAUGCCUUCUGGUAAGGUUAUUACAUUCUUAGACACACCCGGCCACGCUGCAUUCCUUUCCAUGCGUGAGCGAGGUGCCAACGUCACCGAUAUCGUCAUUCUCGUGGUGGCAGCGGACGACUCGGUAAAGCCGCAAACGAUCGAGGCCAUCAGACACGCCAAAGCCGCAAACGUACCCAUGAUCGUCGCCAUAAACAAAGUCGACAAGGAAGGUUCGGAUGUGGAAAGGGUCAAGCAAGAUCUUGCCCGGUACGGUGUUGAGGUUGAGGACUAUGGAGGCGACACACAGACCGUCUGCGUAUCUGGAAAGACGGGACAGGGAAUGGAGGACCUCGAGGAGGCGACUCUGCUGCUUGGUGAAAUUCUGGAUCACAGAGCAGAGACGGAUGGGCAGACUGAGGGCUGGGUACUCGAGGCUACCACAAAGAAGAAGGGGCGUGUAGCCACUGUUCUGAUCACAAGGGGAUCCUUGAAGCCGGGAGAUAUUCUGGUGGCUGGAAAGACGUGGACCAAGGUUCGGAGCAUGACCAACGAAUUCGGCGAUGAGGUCCUACUUGCCACGCCUGGUACGCCCGUGGAAAUCGAUGGUUGGCGAGACCACCCUGAGGCCGGCGAGUUGGCCCUGUCCGCCGAGACUGAGGACCGCGCGAAGCAGGCAGUUGACUACCGCAUACAAAAGGCCGACCGAAUCAAACAAGCCACGGACAUGGAGGCGAUCAACGAGUCGCGACGCCUAGCUCGCGAGAAGGAAGAAGCUGAAGAAGAGAUCCGGCGAGACGCAAUAUCUCGGGGAGAAGACCCGGAAAAGGCUAUUCUCGAAGCGGCGAAGAAGAUCCGUGAAGGAGCAGUGGCGAAGACGCAGGAAAUUGGGUUGAUCGUCAAGGCUGAUGUCGCCGGUUCCGUUGAGGCGGUGGUGGACUCAGUCUCCGCACUCGGCAACAACGAGGUUAAAACGAGAGUGAUUCGAUCAUCAUUCGGUGCCGUCAGCGAGUUCGAUAUCGACCAUGCUGCUGCCGCUGGAGCCUACGUCCUCGCCUUCAACCUUCCCGCUGACCCGCAGAUCACACAAUACGCGCGCGCCCGCAAAGUAACAAUCAUCUCUCACAACGUAAUCUAUCAUCUAGUCGACGAAGUGCGCCACAAGCUCUCGGAGCUCCUCCCACCCAAGAUCAGCACCAACGUAACCGGCGAAGCCGAGGUCGCCCAGAUCUUCCAAAUCAACAUCAAAGGUAGUGUCUACAAACCAGUUGCCGGAUGCCGAGUCAAGCUUGGAGUCGUAGCGCGAAACUCGAAGGUCCGUGUCAUACGCAAGAAGGAGGUGGUGUACGAUGGUACCCUCGACAGUCUGAAGAACGUCAAGAAGGAUGUGCCCGAGAUGCGGAAGGGAAGCGAUUGUGGUCUCGGCUUUGAGGGCUGGGGUGAGUUCCAGGAGGGAGAUCUGGUUCAGUGCUAUGAGGUUAUCGAGGAGAAGAGAUAUUUGUAA